AUGGCGGUUCAUCGCCUCAUUUGUUCUCCUCUUUAUAUACGAUUUUUGGUUGUUUCUGCCUUGGUCUCUCUAUCAUUCGCACAAUUCAUCCCUAGCUCUGAUGCUAAGGCGCGUAACCUCACAGUCGUCCGUUCACCAGCAAAUCGGGAUGUGACUGUCUCUUAUAAAACUCCCGAAGGCGUCUGUUCUACAGCAUUCGACUCUCAAAAGCAGUACACAGGUUGGGUGUCGGUUCCCGGGGAUUAUCCAACCAAUCUCUUCUUUUGGUUCGUCGAGGCUCGUGAGCGGACUGACAGUCUCACUAUCUGGCUCAAUGGAGGACCAGGAUCCAGCUCACUCUAUGGUUUCUUCACCGGCAACGGGCCUUGUGAAGUUGUCGAGAAAGGGUUAAAUGAAUACGAAACGCUUGUGCGAGAAUGGGGCUGGGAUCGAGCCUCUAACAUGCUCUUUAUCGAUCAGCCCAACCAAGUCGGCUUUUCAUACGAUACGCCUACCGACGGCACACUGAACUUUCUCAGUCAAAAUGUUACUGAGCCUCCAGUGUUCUACCCGGAGGUUCCAGAAUGGCUCGUUCCCAAUGGCACUUUCAGUUCCAACAAUGGAAAUUUUACUGCCAAUACUACUGAGACCGCUGCCAUGGCCGUUUGGCAUAUGGUCCAGGGCUUCUUGACCACGUUCCCACAAUACCAGCCUGCCUCGCGUUCUCGCAACAGCUCACUUGGCAUCAACCUCUUUGCCGAGAGUUAUGGUGGUCGCUACGGCCCUGUCUUCGCGGAAACCUUUGUACAGCAAAACGCUCGACGAGAGAGCGGGGAGUUACCACGCAAUUCAACCAUGGACGUCCACCUCAGUUCUCUCGGCAUCGUCAAUGGUUGCGUUGAUAUGGAGAUCCAAGUACCCUACUAUCCAACAUUUGCCAGUGACAACACAUAUGGCUAUAAAGCUUUAUCUGAUAGCGACGCCAAGUUCAACCUCGACAAGUUCUCUGCUGAAGGCGGCUGUCGCGAUCUUCUCCAAAAAUGUGCCACCGAUGCAUCAGUCAGCGAUCCCGAGGGCGAAGGGAACGAGGAAUCUAUCAAUCAGAUCUGCUUUGAGGCUCAAAGUAGCUGCAAUGACAUUCAAAACGCCUACUCUAGUUCAGGUCGUGGCUGGUACGAUCUUGCUGCGCCCCUAGCCGACCCUUUCCCACCUAUGACAUUCUUGGAAUACCUUAACCAAGACUCCGUGCAAAAGGCUAUCGGUUCUCCUAUCAACUUUACAAUGACCAACAUAAAUGUCAAUCUUGAGUUCCAAUCCACGGGCGAUCAGGCGCGUGGCGGCAAUAUCGCCCGCCUAGCUUCUCUCCUCAAUUCAGGAGUACGGAUUGCCCUGAUAUACGGAGAUCGUGACUAUAUAUGCAAUUGGCUUGGCGGAGAAGCAGUUUCGCAAAACCUGGCCAGCGAAGCAGGUGGCGAAUACAGCAUUCGCUUUCCUGACGCUGGAUACGCACCCAUCAUUGUCAAUGAUUCAUACAUUGGUGGUGUUGUUCGUCAGUUCGGCAACCUAUCCUUCAGUCGUGUCUACCAAGCAGGCCACGCCGUGCCUGCUUAUCAGCCUGAGACUGCCUUCCAGAUUUUUGCUCGUAUCAUCCUGGGCACUUCGAUUUCUACUGGCAAGGACAUUGAUGCCGCCACGUAUAAUACCACGGGUGAUGCCAAUGCGACGCAUACUGAACAUCUUCCUAAGCAAUUGAACCCAACGUGCUACGUCCGGAACUUUCAAGGCAGUUGCGAUGAGGGCGCCCAGGAACUAGUCAAGGAUGACACAGGGAUUGUGGUCAAUGGCAUACUGUAUACCUCGAAGGAAGAUUGGCCGCUACAAGCAGAGACGACGGAGACACCAACGACAUCAACUUCAGAUCCCAGCUCAACAUCGGAUAUGACCGGUGUAUAUACAGCAACUGAAACACCUGAUGCUGCAACAUGGAACCCACCCAAUUCAGGGCUAGUGGUUGCUAUUGUUGGCGUUCUGGUAUUGCAGGCUGUUGCAUGA